AUGGGUACGAAUAUAUCAAAGACUCUUGAUCAGUCUGAGGUCGAGGAAAUCGCUGAAGAAACUGGAUUUUCUCCUAAGCAGAUAUACCGCUUGUACAACAGAUAUUCGGCACUGGAUAAGACUAACGCCGGAUAUUUAAGACGUCAUGAUUUUUUGUUGAUUCCUGAAUUAGCCAUUAAUCCUCUUGGUGAUCGUAUUGUUAAUGAAUUUUUUAAAGAUAGUCAAGAAGAAUUGAAUUUUCGUCAAUUUGUACGUAAAUUAGCAAGAUUUCGUAAGGUUAGAUCACAACAAUCCACAGAGUUUAAUAAUCGUGAUGCUAAACUACGCUUCUUAUUCGGUAUGUAUGAUUUGGAUAUGGAUGGUCGAAUAUCAAGUAAUGAAUUAUUGGGUAUGCUACAAAUGAUGGUCGGUGCUAAUAUCACUGUUGAACAGAUUAACAAUAUCGGCGAACGAACAAUGGCGGAAGCAGACCUCGACGGAGAUGGCUAUAUAUCCUAUGAAGAAUUCGUACAGGCCUUUGACAAUGUGGAUAUUGAACAGAAGAUGAGUAUUCGAUUUUUGGAAUGA